UCAGUCCACAUGCAGAGAGAGAGCCGUGAUAAAGUCCAUCCAAUCAAUAAGAUAAGAUAAGUCGGAGAAACUUUGUUCGGGAAGUUUUGGCCGCGCGGGUCAGUUGAGAUCUGCAAGGCGAAGAUGUUGGUCAUGUUGUGGACGGCGUGUUGUCUCUGCAUCCUCGGGGCGUCCAGCGUCCUGGGAGCCCCGCUCAGCAAGCUCAAGCCCAAGGUGCUGCUGAUCUCCUUCGACGGGUUCCGCUGGGACUACGACCGCGACGUGGACACGCCCAACCUGGACCAGAUGGCCAAGGACGGGGUGAAGGCCCUGUACGUGACGCCGCCGUACCUCACCAUCACCAGCCCCACGCACUUCACCCUCCUCACCGGGCGAUACAUCGAGAAUCACGGCGUAAUCCACAACAUGUGGUUCAACACGAGCACGGGCCUGAAGAAGGGUUAUUAUGCGACCCAGUUCGUGAACGACUGGUGGGACAACGGCACGCUGCCCAUCUGGAUCACGGCUCAGAAUCAGGGCCUGAAGGCCGGCUCGCUCCACUUCCCCGGCACGGCCUCCAGUUACCAGGGCCAGGUGGCGUCGGUGCGCGAGGUGGAGCCCUCAGGCUACAACUACAAGAACGAGACGGCCUGGCGCGAGAACACGGACAAGGUGAUGAGCUGGUUCAGGGAUCAGGACCUGGACAUGGUGUCGCAGUACUUCGGUGAGCCGGACCUCACGGGCCACAAGCACGGGCCCGACUCGCCCCAGCGGAAGGAGGUGGUGAAGCAGGUGGACCGGGCCGUGGGCUACCUCCGGCAGUCGGCCGCGCGCCACGGUCUGACGGAGCAGCUGAACAUCAUCAUCACGGCCGACCACGGCAUGUCCACGGUGAUGCGCGGCGCCGGGGUCAACGAGAUCAUCCUGUCCAAGAUCCCGGGCUUCUCCUUCCGGGACCUUUCCUUCCACCUCGUGGACUACGGGCCGUCGGGGAUGCUGCUGCCCAAGCCGGGCCGGCUGGAGAAGGUUUACAACGCCCUGAAGGGCGGACACCCCAACCUGCACGUCUACAAGAAGGAGGAGAUGCCCGAGUACCUGCACUUCUCCAACAACGACCGCAUCCUGCCCAUCAUCCUGUGGGCCGACACCGGAUACGUCAUCAACGGGUAUCUCCCGGUCCAGUGGAACAAGGGCGAGCACGGCUUCGACAACCGCGAGCUGGAGAUGAAGCCGUUCUUCCGGGCCGUGGGCCCGGCCUUCCAGAAGAACCUGCAGGUGGGGCCGUUCGAGACGGUCAACAUCUACCCACUGAUGUGCCACAUCCUGGGCAUCCGGCCCGAGGUCAACGACGGGCGGCUGGAGAACGUCCGGCACCUGCUGGUGCCCAGCGCCGUGGUGGAGGACGUGGAACCUGUGAACAUCAGGAUUAACGCCGUCUACGGCCUCAGUGCAACCGCCGGAUUCCUGGCCCUGGUUUUCAUCGUGGUGAUAUCCAACAGACUCAUCAAGGGUAGAAGUUCAAACCGUUCGGAAAGUCCUUCAGACGAAGACGCGACUCCACAAACUUCGUUCUGAUAAAGUUCUUGCUCAGUCUCCAAAGUUAAACUGCUCGUGGACCAACGCCGGAUGAUUCUCCAAAUGUGAUGAAAACGCCGCUGUGGAUCCAGCGAGGAGCCGCUGUAACAGAAUAUAACCACAUAUUAGGAGUAAAUACAAUGACAUAUUUAAACCGAUCCAGCUUAAAAAUCAUUGUAUACUUUUGAAACCACCGAUGCAUUUUGUGGAUUGUAUAUCUAAUAAAAAUAUUUGUAUAUAUUUCUGAAAAGAUGUAAAUAAGCGUGAAUUAAGCACCAAUUUAUGUUUCAUUUCAGAAAGUUCAAGGAUGAUUAUCUUAUAUUUGUGUUAAACGCAUCUGUAACAGAACAAAACAAAACAUCUGUACUGAGGUUAUUCAUCCUCAAAUAUAUAAUAAUAAUAUAUACAUGUCUGAAACAUGAUUUGUAAACUUUUAUAAUCCUGCAACUUUCAUUGACAAUAAAUGAAACACGUUUUUCAGAACUACGGUGG